AUGUGCCCAUGGCUGGAGCAUGGAGGUCUGAAGUUGCAUGCUUUGGGGCUGGAGCAUGGAGGUCUGGAGGUGCCUAAGCUUGGCAUGCGAGGUGGGCUCGAGUUGGCGUGCGCUGGGCUUCGAAUUGGAGGUCUGGAGGCUCCAGGCCCUGCCUGCAUUGGAGCUGAGCGGAAUUGGGCCAGCGUGAGACGUGGGCUUGCGCUAGGCAAGCUGGCCACGUGCGCUGGUGCUGGAGCGGGCGGGCCAGGCGGAAGGAUGUGCGAUGGGCCUUGCGCGAGACGUGGGCUGCGCAGGCUGGAAGUGGGCCUCCGUGCUGGUGUUGAAGCUGGGCUGCGCGCUGGCUGGUGUUGGUGCGACUUGGGCCCUGCGCUGGAGCACCUGCUGGGCUAUCCUUCUCUCAGCUUGGGCUGA